AUGUCAGAAACAGACGUCGGCUUCCUGGCCGCCGUGGAGGAGGCUCGACAGGGCUUUGCGGAGGGAGGCGUGCCGAUAGGAGCCUGCCUCGUCUCAAAGGACGGCAAGAUUCUCGGUCGCGGUCAUAACAUGCGCGUUCAGAAGGGGAGUGCCACGUUACAUGGCGAAAUAUCCGCGCUCGAAAACUCGGGUCGUCUGCCCGCCUCGGCCUACGCCGGCUCGACAAUGUACACGACCCUGUCGCCCUGCGACAUGUGCACGGGGGCCUGCAUCCUCUACAAGGUCGCCCGGGUCGUCGUGGGCGAGAACAAGACCUUCGUCGGCGGCGAGGACUACCUCAAAGCGCGGGGCGUCGAGGUCGUCGUGCUCGAGAACCGCGAGUGCAUGGAGCUGAUGAGGAGGUUUAUCGAGGAGAAGCCGAAUGUCUGGAACGAGGAUAUCGGGGAGCAAUAA